AUGGAGUCACGGCCUCUCAGUAUGCCCGAUGCUAGUAGUUUCAUCAAGCCAUGUGCUUCUCCAAAAACGCACUCAUGCAUACCGAAUGAUAGCAGGCCACCAUACCCAACUCAAGGUCCCACUCGAUUUGAAGGGCAGUUGCACGGCGAGCAACAUGAGAGCGAAAGCCCCUGGGGACCGCAUACGCACAUCCGCCAGCCUUCAGCAGAAGACUUCAUCCACCCUGUUCGAUCCCAGCUUCGCACGUCUAGCGACGAGUCUCUCCCUGACAAGACACUCCCGGUACUCGAGCCCGUCCUCCACCACCACAAGAACCCUAUACUUGACCCAUCCGUGAGCAGCCCAACCAAUUCACACAACAGCACACCCUCCCCAACCCCCAAAGCAGCACAUCACAGUCAUCAUAGUUCGUCCGCAAAGCCCUGCCCUCCACUGAACACCGAUCAAUUUUCCACAUCUCCACUCGAAACCUCUCCCCCCGUCCCCCUUACAGCAAAUGACUCAGUCCCUAGUCGCGAAACGACAAACCAGCGCGUCCCGUCCAUGCGAAGCGAUCUGUUCUCUCCCGUGUUAGGUGGUUUUCGCCGCGUUAGCUCCGCGCGGAGGGAAGAGACGAGACGCGAGCGCGUGAAGGAGUUUUGGAGGGAGACGAAAGGGUGCUUGUGGUUUCGACGGCAUGGUUAG